GGGGCGGCGCGAGCGGGCGCGCGGGAAGGCGCCGGCGUCCGCCAUGGAGGUGAGCCACUCGGUGAAGGAGCGCACCAUCUCCGAGAACAGCCUGGUCAUCCUGCUGCAGGGCCUGCGCGGCCACGUAACCACCGUGGAGCUGCGUGAUGAGAGCGCGGCCGCGGGGCGCGUCACCAGCGUGGACGCCUUCAUGAACGUGCGCCUGGCUGAGGUGACCUUCACGGACAGGCAGGGCACCGUGUCCCACCUGGAUGAGCUCUUUCUGACUGGCAGGAACAUCCGCUACGUGCACAUCCCUGACGAGGUGGACAUCCAGGCCACCAUUGAGGAGCAGCUCCAGGCCAUCCACAGGGUGCGGUGCUUUGGGGGCCGUGACAAGGGCCGCAGGGAGUUCCUUGAUGCCAAGCACAAGUGAGCACCUGGUGCUGCCCACAACAGCCAGGGUGGACCUGGGAUGGGCAUGCCCCUUUGAUGGACUGCCAGCCCCCGCCACGCCGGACAUCCCACGCAAGGACAUCCCCCCAGGAACAUAUUCGCCCAGGGACUUGGGGCUCUGCUGUUCCCCUCGCCAGUGUCUGCGGAGGAGCAGGGCUGGUUUUUGUAAGGAAUAACACCAUUUAAAAGGC